ACACAGAGUAAGGCGCGCGGCGACCCAGACUAGUCGAUCUCGAAGGCCAUGGAGACCAACGGCGGCAACGGGCGUGGCAACCACGAGGAGCCCCAUCCGCAGCACCACUUCGUGCUGGUGCACGGCAUGUGCCACGGCGCGUGGUGCUGGUACAAGGCGGCCACGGCGCUGCGUCGCGCGGGCCACCGCGUGACGGCGCCGGACAUGGCCGGCUGCGGCGCGCACCCGGCGCGCGUCGACGAGGUGCGCAGCUUCGAGGAGUACUCCCGCCCGCUGCUGGACGCGGUGGCGGCGCUGCCGCCCGGCGAGCGCGCCGUGCUCGUCGGGCACAGCCACGGCGGAUGCAGCGUCGCGCUCGCCGCCGAGAGGUUCCCGGACAAGGUCGCCGCGGUCGUGUUCGUGGCCGCGUCCAUGCCGGCCGUCGGCCGCUCCAUGGCCGCCGCGACCACCGACGAGUUUAUCAAGUUUAUUGGAGCAAAGCCAGACUUCUUCCUAGACACCAAGGUGCUGCACCAAGAGAACCCUAACAUUCCUGGACGCCCUGUUAUCUUCGGGCCCAAGUUCACAGCCCAGAGGCUGUAUCAAUUAAGUCCACCAGAGGACUUGACGCUGGCCUUGUCGCUGAUCCGGCCGGCGAACCGGUUCGACGAGGACGCGCUGAUGAAGGACGAGAAGCUGCUGACGGAGGCGGGAUACGGGUCGGCGAGGCGCGUGUUCGUCGUGGUGGAGGACGACCUCGGCAUCCCGGCGGAGUUCCAGCGCCGCAUGAUCGCGCAGAGCCCCGGCGUCGAGGUGGAGACGACGACAGCUGGCGGCGGGGCCGACCACAUGGCCAUGCUGUCCAGGCCAGAGGAGCUGGUCGACCUCCUCCUCAGGAUCGCCGCCAUCCACGGAGAGCGUGAUGACAUGUGACCUUGCCGGCGAUGUGUCGCUAUAUAUGUAGCUUGGUUAGAACGAAAAUAAUCAUUGUGACAUGCUGGUGUGUCUAUGCCGCACUCAAAAGACAGAUGCAGUUUUCUAACAAUGGCUAUAAUGAUGCUACUUCUAUUCCAACAUCCUCCAUGUUGAUUGCAGGAA